AUCUCCAGCUGACGUCGACCCUCGACCCCGUCUCCCCCGUCUCCCUCGUCUCCCUCGUCGCUGUGUUCUCUGACUCCGGGUCGCCCUCGUCUGCUGUGGCCCCUGCAACAUGGAGAGCGUCCGCUGUGUCACUGAAGGCUGAGCAGAAGGAAUGAGGCGCUCCAGGAGAUGUUCCCAAGUGGCCUUGUGGAUGCAGUAGCUGGGUUUCGGAGUGCUUUUUUAUGACUCGUAUUGUAUGUGUGUCCGUGGGCACAUCCUAGCACAACCUGCCUUCUCCUCAGGCAGGGACAUGCUACUGUGAGACUGGAGCUGAAACGUAGAAGAACGGAGCCCCUCUGGUAAACAAGGAACACGACGAAGAAAGAAAAAGGGAAGCACUCGGCAUAAAGAGCCGCCUGACAGACACACGGGGGCACUUCAGCUGUAGUCUGAGCUCGUCUUAAGUGUCUUCUGAAUCACGUUUUAGCAGCAACACCUUUCCUCUGUCCCGUGAGAUUUGUCCCCCUCCCUAAAGCCUCCUCCAUCGCUGUUAUUGGAGUUUCUAUGGUUUGCAUGGCUGGAGAAUAACCGUGGAGAGGCCAGGGUAUCACAAGCUUAUGGAUUUUGACAAGAGAGGGGGCAAGGGAGAGACAGAGGAAGGGAAAAAGAUGUCUAAGACAGCCGGCAGCAGGACUGGACACGGGGGCCGGAGUUCGGGGACCAAUUCUGGAGUUCUUAUGGUCGGCCCAAACUUCCGCGUGGGUAAAAAAAUCGGCUGCGGGAACUUUGGAGAGCUGCGGUUGGGAAAAAAUCUCUAUACUAACGAAUAUGUGGCCAUUAAAUUGGAACCUAUAAAGUCGAGGGCGCCGCAGCUCCAUUUGGAGUAUAGAUUUUACAAACAGUUGGGAAAUUCAGAUAACACGGAUGGAGUACGUCCACACCAAGAGUCUGAUAUACAGAGAUGUGAAGCCAGAAAACUUCCUGGUUGGGCGGCCAGGAAGCAAGAGGCAGCAUACCAUCCACAUCAUUGACUUUGGUCUGGCCAAAGAGUACAUAGACCCCGAGACCAAAAAACACAUCCCCUACCGGGAGCACAAGAGUCUGACUGGGACGGCACGCUACAUGAGCAUUAACACACACUUGGGAAAGGAGCAAAGCAGAAGGGAUGAUUUGGAGGCGCUGGGUCACAUGUUUAUGUACUUCCUCAGAGGUAGCCUCCCCUGGCAGGGCCUAAAGGCGGACACUCUGAAGGAGAGGUAUCAGAAAAUUGGGGACACCAAACGGGCGACACCCAUUGAAGUGCUUUGUGAAAGCUUCCCUGAAGAGAUGGCCACCUACCUGCGCUACGUGAGGAGGCUGGACUUCUUUGAGAAGCCUGAUUAUGACUACUUGAGGAAGCUCUUCACCGAUCUGUUCGACAGGAACGGCUAUGUCUUUGACUAUGAAUAUGACUGGGUCGGCAAAUCACUUCCCACACCGAUAGGCCCUAUCCCCAGUGACACGCCCCUGCAGCCCAGAGAAAGCCGAGACAAAGCACAACAGCAGACCAAAAACCAGGUGAUGAGCUCAACGAAUGGCGAGCUAAACACUGAUGAUCCCACAGCCGGACACUCCAACGCUCCCAUCACCGCUCCCACCGAGGUUGAAGUGGCCGACGAAACCAAGUGCUGUUGUUUCUUCAAAAGGAGAAAGAGGAAAGCCCUCCAGAGGCACAAGUGAAAGAAGAGAACGGAGAGAACUUGAAAACAUUGUGGUCACUGUCAAGUUUUAAAUGGAAGCAACUACACAGACCCCCUGUCCCUUAUCUCUUUCCAGCUCCCCCCCCCUUCACCUCUUUAUCCCUCUCAACUUAGUUCCCCUGUCACUCUGUACCUCCUCCCUCACCCUCCCAACCCCCCUCGCGCUCUCUCUUUCUCGUUCUCAGCGCUCCCCGGCUACUGGCGAGCUAAAGGAAUGUUGCAGUCCUACUGACUCCACAACAGACUCUUGAUUCCUUCUACGAAAAAUAAAACGUUACCUGCAUUACAACGGGGGAGGGGAGGGGGGGCUUGAGAAAAAGUAAAAAAAAGCUGUAACAAUGAAACUCGAAUAACGUGGCGUGAAUAUGAAAAAAUACUGUUUGAAACAGUUGUUGUAUUCUAGAUUCCAUAAAGAACGCAUAUUGUUCCAACAGUCAUCUGUUGAUCAGGGGGAACCGUUCGAGUGAAAGAAAUCUGCUCAUCUGAAAUUGUUUUUUUUCUCUUCUUCUUUCUUUUCAUCCUUUUUUUUUUGGUGUGUGUUUUGGGAUCAAGGUAAAGAGGAAAAAAGGUGAACUAUGCUGAUGUUAAAUCUGAGAGACACAGGAAGCAUUUCAUCUAUAAAACAGAAUUUCGAUGGAGGAUUUUAAUGUUUUUUUUUUUGUAAUUGAAUCCUCAGUUUUUGAAGUCAAAUCCCUGCAUUGAAAACUUAUUUUUAUGUUGUAGUGUUCUGGAGUUCAAUUCUUUUCCUCACUCUGGCUUUCUUUUUAUUUUUUUUUUGUCUGUCAACGUGGACUUUGUAGCACAGUCACUGGCCUCAGGUACUGUGGAAGAUUGAGAGAAACAGAUAUUAAGCUCUCUUAUUAUUAUUGCACUUUUGGAAAAAAAAAAUAAAACAAUUACAGUGGAAAACUUUUAGGUUUGAAAUUAACAAUUAAGAAAACAACUUAAUAAAGACUGAUCUAGGAAGAGUCCUUCACAACGCUUAUAUCUGAGUUAUGGCCGAACAAUGUUGUCGAUUUACAUGAAGAAAAAAAAAAGAUAUGUCUUUCGAUUUUUAUUUCUUACAUCAAAAUAAUUUACCAGGAAAUCAUAGUUUGUGCCUUUCUAAGUAAAAUGUUUAAAGCUCAA